AUGACUGAUAAUAACGAUAAUGUGGAUAAUAAGGUUCCAGCUGAAGUAAUGAACCGAGAAAUUACUGAUCUUGAAGACUCAGUAAACGAAAAUGUUGAUACCGUGUUCCCUUUCAAUAGUGAAGGAGAAAUGCGAACUGUUUUUAAUGAUCCAGUAAAUUUUAAUGUGAAACACCCACUUUUCAACGCAUGGACGUUAUGGUUUGAUAAUCCUGGUAAAAAAGCAAGUGUAACAAGUUGGUCUCUGAAUCUUAAGGAGUUAAUUACAUUCGAUUCCGUGGAAGAGUUUUGGGGAGUUUACAAUAAUGUAGUCAAGGCUAGUGAUUUAUCAUCUGGAUCUAAUUAUCAUCUUUUUAAACGGGGAAUAAAACCAAUGUGGGAAGAUCCAGUAAAUGAAUAUGGUGGGAAAUGGGUUGUUCAAUUUAUGCGAAAUAAGACUGGAGAAGAUAUCAAUACACUUUGGCUUUAUACAAUGCUAGCUUGCAUUGGGGAAGAAUUUGAUUAUGCAGAUGAAGUUUGCGGUGCUGUAGUAUCUGUUAGGAAAAUCUUUUACAGAAUUUCUUUGUGGACGCGAUCAUCAGACAAUAAAGAAAUUUGUAUGACUCUUGGGCAUUUUGAAGGCUUGGAAAAUGAUUUUAGUCCCCGAAGCUUUCUCCCUUCUCUUUCCCAUAAUGCAAAGGAUGAUUUUUCGUUCAAUAAGACGGAAGGCGGCCUCAAUCCUCAACAAAGCGUUAAGGGUGAUUAUGAAACUUCUUCCGGUAAGCUUCAUUUAAAUCUGGGUGAAAAGCCAGGGACAACUCGUCUCAAUGUCAAAAACAACUCAGUUCCUAAUGUCUCACCUUGA